AUGGUUGUUUUCAUAUGUUUAGAUACUGAUAAGACUAGUCCUCCAAAGAAACAGGGAGGUGGAGGAAGAGGUGCAAGAAUGCCACCACGAGGAAUGCCACGCGGCCCACGGGGAGGGCCUCCGAGAUUCAUGGGACCAGGACCAUUUUCACCCAUUAGACAUCCAUUCCGAGAACCCCAUUUCCCCCAUGAUGGCCCACCAUUUGAUCACGAAGGCCCACCAUUUGAUCGUAGAGGACCGCAUUUUGACACAAGAUUUGGUCCCCGUGGACCUCGUGGUCCUCCGAUGGAACCUCCGUUUUCUCCAAGGGGACCUCAUUUUGGUCCACGAGGACCCCGGGACCAUUCUAUAAACCGAGGAGAACGUCCAAUGGGAUCAGGAGGGGGUCCAAUGGGACCAGGAAAAGGUCCUAUGGGACCUGGAGAACGUCCUGUGGGACCACACCCUGGGGGUCCAGGUGAACGUCCCAUGGGACCGGGAUUACGACCUGGCGGACCAGGACCGCAACAAAUCGUACCAGGAGAAAGUCCACUACGGCCGAAUCAACCAAAUCGCCCACUAACGUUACCCAGAGGUCCUCGGAUGGCCCAACCUAGACAACCCCUGAGAAAUCAAGGAAAGCUGAACGAAACACAAGGUCAAAAACAAGCUACACCACAAAAACAAGGGAAACAACAAGCUACACCACAAAAACAAGGUCAAAAACAAGCUACACCACAAAAACAAGGUCAAAAACAAGCUACACCACAAAAACAAGGUCAAAAACAAGCUAUACCACAAAAACAAGGGAAACAACCAAAUCAGAAUAAAGUCAAAAAAGAAGCAGCAAGGUACAGUACUUAGUAAAGUUGAGAAGCGGAGGUGGGAAGGUUUUUGUAUUUUGACUGUAACAGUUACAAAAUGAGCUGAGUAGGUAAAAUUCUUUUUAAAGUUUCUUAAUUUGCAUUAAAAUUGUUUUGUUUACGAUUGUAAGUUUAGACGGGAAAUUUCCCGUGUAGAAACACGCUUCUCGACCAAUCAACGCUCGCGUACUAUAAAUGUUCUAUUUUAUCAUAAUUUAUGCAUUUGGUACGGCUCAUGUAAAGCACGGCAGUAUAAAUCAACAUGUGCUUCAGCCGUGUAGCACGCCUGAACCAGGCGAACUUAUUAAUAUAGCCGUGCUUAAUAUUAAGUGCAGUGCUUAAUUGAUUUAGACGCCGUGCUUCUCAUGUGCUUAAUUCAUUGUAUUAAGUUCGGCUCUGACGAUAAAGUCCUUCCUUUCUUGCCCUGUUUAGCUUAACUCAAUUUUUUUUAUAAAAUAGUUCGUUUAAUAUUUCAUUUCGUGUUUUUAUAGUGGAAUUAUUGUGAAAAAAGAACCAACUGAG